CACAGCUCUGCGUACCUACGUAUCCCCCCAUCCGAGUUACCCAACAGUCUGACUGGUAUUCAAGUCGCGGCCAGCUGUAAAAAAAAAAAAAAAGUUUCUACCGAGUUUUAUAAUAAUCCAUCUCGAAUAACCAUCGUUAGCCGAACUAUUGUUAUCCGCUUCUCAUGUGCAAAUAGCUGACGUCGUUUUCGCUCGCCCUCCCACAAUGCCUGCUCCUGGCGACCAACACAGUCGCAUCUCGAACCCGUUCGAGGAUGUAAAGCCCCGUAUCUCCGAGUACACCGCCCAAGAAAUUGCAACGCUACAAACCCGACUUGAAAGACAGUUAGGACCAGAGUACUUGUCAGCUCGUGCAGGUCCCUCGGGGCAAAAGGUUCACUACGUCGCUGCCGAGAAGGUCAUUGGGCUUGCCAACGAGGUCUUUGGCUUCAACGGGUGGUCGUCAUCGAUCCAGAACAUCCAGGUCGACUUUGUGGACGAGCAUCCACAGACUCUCAAGAUUUCGCUGGGACUGCACGUCGUCGUGCGUGUGACUUUGCGGGAUGGAACAUUUCAUGAGGAUAUCGGAUAUGGGCACAUUGAGAACUGCAAGGGCAAGGCCAUGGCUUUCGAGAAGGCAAAAAAGGAGGGGACGACAGAUGCCCUGAAGAGGGCGCUCAGGAACUUUGGCAAUGUUCUGGGCAACUGCGUCUACGACAAGGCAUACCUGGCCAAGGUGACCAAACUCAAGGUCGAGCCGACCAAAUUCGACGAGUUGAACCUGCACCGGCACGCGGACUUUGCCAAGAAAGAGGUUGCGGCAGAGCCUAGGCUACCGCCAGUCAAGCCGGAGCCUUCAAAUAGUGUUUCAGCGCCGCCACAUCCUCCUUUACCACCUUUGCCAGAUUCUUUUGAUGAUUUGCUCGGGGAAUUCGACGAAGCCGACUUUUGCGUUGUAGAUGCAGACAGCCAUCCGGAUGAGGUCGUUCUUCCUGAGAAUUCCCAUACAUCAGGUAGUAGCGGCAACAACGCGGCGAGCACCACGAAUAGGGGCCUAGGGGCUCCGUCAGGCAAUCAGUCAAACCAACAGCGGCCAGUACAACCACCCUCACGGAUAAACUCGACGAAUGGUCCGACAGGACGCCCUCAACCUCAAACUCCCAACCACCAAAUCAAGAGAUCAGGCCCUCAGAACAGUUAUAUGAACAAUCAACAGAACAACCAUGGAAUUCGUCCUCCGCCACAAAUAUCAAACCAGGGCCGACCACCUCCGCCGCCUCAGAACAAUAAUAACACCAGCAGCAGUACGGGCCAACAGCAGCGGCCACUGGGUAACGGUCAGCAGCAAAACACACCACCGCAGCCGAACAAUGGGCCCCCAAAUGCUCCAAACGGUGCAGAACCUGUGGCUUUCUUCUCAGCGCGUGCGGUUGCGAGGGUCCCGGACGAUGCCCCCAUCGCACCACCACCAGGUACGGCGACACCUGCGGUCUUGUUCAACCCAAAAGCAGAAAGUCCCUCGAUUCGCAAGACGCCCGGCAUCGAUCACUCGUCGUCGAGGCCAGUGUCAAGAACAGGCCAGCACGUUCCGGGUAAAGCUGCCCAAGAUAACGGAGGGCCUGUUAAUGAUAACCCUUCUAAUAAUACUGGGAAUGGCGUACAACCCCAGCAACAGAAGCCGCAACCAUCACAGCAACGUGGAAGCAUUCUCAACCCUCAGUUUGACCAGUCCCGACGCAUUGGAGCUCCCGGUGGUGCUGCAAGUCCGCUCUCGAAUAGGAAUCAGUACAGGCCGCCCACCAUGAUGAAAAGACCACCACUAGCGGAUGUGCCCAAUGGGACCACGAAUGGCAAUGGAACGCCUGGAGAUGCCAAAAGGAUGAAGCUCAAUUAGGGCCAAUCGUUGUUUUGAUGAUUGUAGGCCGAAGGAACGACAAUGAGAGGAUAUAGACAAACGAGCCGAUCUUGAUGACACUACUAGGGCUACAACUAUGAGCUGUGACGAAUACAGGUCUUUCUAAUGGAAUGGGCUGCAUCGAGGAGGAAACAAACAAACACUGCUUUGUUACGAAAUUUCAGAAUCUGGUUUGCUUGUUUGGUGUUGAGGAGUUUGGGGUUCUGUUGAUUAAUUAAUAAACGGUACAUGGCUCUGCUUUGACUGGAAGAUUUUGGGCCAGGCAAUUGCGGUGGAGACAACAAAGACGCAGGUUAUAGAAUACCACUUCUUUGUUACACAUCGUAUCGAACUUAUUUUGCACUUAUUACAAUUGACAUACCGA